UUGUAGACGUGAUGACGUCAGACUUCGAGGCACAAGCCGAGAGCGCGUUUAAAGCCGAGUAGGGCGUGAAAGUGUGUGUCGUGCCGCUCGUUUUCCUCCGUAUUCUUUUAAUCAAUCUUUAUCCAUGAAUAUGUGCAAAUAGUAACGUGUGCCUCCGUAAAAUUACGGGACAAUUAUGUUUGGUGCUGUUUUAACGUGAUUGAUAGUGAAAAGGAUACCAUGUUCCGCUGCAUUCCGAUUUUUAAAGGGUGUAACAGGCAGGUGGAAUACGUUGACAAGCGUCACUGCUCUCUGCCGAGCGUCCCUGAUGAUAUUUUACGAUACUCGAGGAGCCUGGAGGAGCUUUUAUUGGACGCGAAUCAUAUUCGUGAUCUACCUAAGAAUUUUUUCCGACUACAAAGGUUACGAAAGCUUGGGCUGAGCGACAAUGAAAUACAUCGUUUGCCACCGGAUAUCCAGAACUUCGAAAACCUCGUGGAGCUGGAUGUGUCCAGGAACGAUAUACCAGACAUUCCUGAGAACAUCAAGAAUUUACGAGCACUUCAGGUGGCGGACUUCAGUAGCAAUCCAAUUCCAAGACUCCCGGCUGGUUUCGUGCAGUUAAGGAAUCUGACUGUUCUAGGACUGAAUGAUAUGUCCCUUACAAAUUUACCACCCGAUUUUGGAAGCUUGGAGGCGUUACAAUCACUGGAAUUGAGAGAAAACUUGCUCAAGUCUUUGCCUGAGUCACUUUCUCAACUUUACAAAUUAGAGCGGCUGGAUCUAGGCGACAAUGACAUUGAAGUAUUGCCUCCGCAUAUAGGACAAUUGCCAGCGUUACAAGAGUUAUGGCUAGAUCAUAACCAGUUACAACAUUUACCGCCGGAAAUCGGAGAAUUGAAAACGUUAGCAUGCUUGGACGUAUCUGAGAAUCGUCUGGAGGAUCUUCCGGAAGAAAUCGGUGGUCUAGUUUUAUUAACGGAUUUACAUUUAUCGCAAAAUGUUAUUGAAAAAUUACCCGAUGGACUCGGGGAACUAAAGAAACUCACCAUUCUGAAAAUCGACCAAAAUAGGCUUUCUACUUUAAAUUCAAAUAUAGGCAGAUGUGAAAAUUUACAAGAACUAAUUCUUACGGAAAAUUUUCUCUUAGAACUGCCUGCAACUAUAGGAAAACUUCUUAAUCUAAACAAUUUAAAUGUGGAUAGGAAUAGUUUGCAAUCACUACCUGUUGAAAUUGGUAAUUUGAAGAAAUUGGGGGUACUGUCUUUAAGAGAUAAUAAGUUGCAAUAUCUUCCAAUCGAAGUUGGACAGUGUACCACUCUUCAUGUUCUGGACGUGUCGGGUAACAGAUUGCAAUAUUUGCCAUAUUCCUUGAUUAAUUUGAAUUUAAAGGCAGUAUGGUUAAGUGAAAAUCAAGCACAGCCAAUGCUUACUUUCCAAACGGAUGUUGAUGAGGAAACCGAGCAAGAGGUAUUAACGUGCUUCCUGUUACCGCAGUUAGAAUCCCAUCCUGAUGAUUCAGGUAGGGUUGGUAUGCUGGUCGGUAUAGGAAAUGCUAUUCAGAGUGGUGAAAUACGCGAGCUUGGUAGCAGCGAUGACGAAGGCUGGCAAGAAAAAGAAGCAUCGCGAACGCAUUCAGUAAAAUUUACGGACGAACCUCCAGAAACUGAUAAGGAGACACCGUUUGUACGUCAAAAUACACCGCACCCGAAAGAAUUGAAAGCUAAAGCUCAUAAAUUAUUUAGUAAAGGGAAGAGUGACAGCCGGUCAGCAUCUACGGACGAGCAGGAUGUUUCUCAAACAUUCGGUUUGGAUAAAACGGAAACUGACUCAUUGACAAAGCCGAACAAUUUGGAACCAGCUGCGACAGACGAGGCACUAGCAAACGAUAAACUUGUAGAAAAUGAAGAAAAACAAACUGUACCUGGAACAUUAGUCGAUAAUACGGAUCUUCAAUGUAACAAUGAAUCUGAAAUGUUUUCUAAUCAGUAUAUUACAGAAUUCAAUCCUGAUCUGGGAAUUGAUGGUUCAAUAUCCGAAUCAAAGGAUGGAAAUGAUAAGGGAGAUGACGAAUCUGAGAACGAGGAAACGCAAAGACACGUAGAAUUUUCUAUAGCAGAGGGUACUGAUUACGAAGGUGGCGGCGAUUCAAAUAGACCCAAUAGACUUCAUCGUAGAGACACUCCACAUCACUUAAAGAACAAACGUAUCCAUACAACUGUGGAUAAGGAUAAGGUAGCUUCCAUUAUUGCACAAGCACUUAUGAAGAAAAGUGAUGAAACUGCUGCACCCACGUCGGCAACCACAGAACCUACAGACAAUUUUGACACUCAGAGUCAAGGUGCAAUAUCUGAUGCCGAACCAACGAUAGAAAUACGAGAGGAACAAUAUGAAAUUCAUAUUGAGAGAACAACAGGUGGUCUUGGUUUAUCAAUAGCUGGUGGUAUCGGUUCAACUCCAUUCAAAGGCGACGAUGAAGGCAUUUUUAUUUCGAGAGUUACCGAAGGCGGGCCUGCUGAUUUGGCAGGUUUAAAAGUAGAGGAUAAAGUACUGUCUGUAAACGGAGUUUCAGUAGUAAAUGUAGGUCACUAUGAUGCUGUAGAAGUUCUAAAAGCAUGUGGACGUGUUCUUGUACUAGUAGUUCAGAGAGAAGUUACAAGGAUAUUACCGCCAUAUGAACAGAUAUCUUCAAGAAAAGACUCGGUAUGCUCUAGUUUGAGUACAAGUAGAGCUCCAAGUGCGACGUCUCAUGUUUCGUCUACAGGUUUAUCGCAUAAUUUAGAAAAUGGUGACGCUUCUUUACCUCAUGAAACUAUUAAGACCAAAAAUAUCCCGGAACCUAUAACUUCGGUGAAAGCAGGUAAUGAACCAAUGGUAUCCGUUCUUGUUCAUACAACGUUAAUACGGGACCAAAAUGGACUUGGAUUUAGUAUUGCCGGUGGAGAAGGUUCUCCGCCAUUCAAGGACAAUAGUGAUGCAAUAUACAUUUCAAGAAUAACUGACGGUGGUGUAGCACAGAAAGACGGUAAAUUAUUAGUUGGAGAUAAAGUAAUAUCUAUUAACGGUGUCGAAAUGAGAGGAUCCAAACACGAGCAGGCAGUUGCUCUUCUAACAGGCUUAGAAAGAUUCGUUCGAUUAGUAGUCGAACGUGAAAUUCCACUUUCGCAAGCAAACGCAGCAACGGUUGUAACACCUUCAGAAAAGUCACCUCGCGUCAUUGGUGCACCCAAACCGUAUACAGGAUUAUAUAAUGCCAAUAGUUAUAUAGCAAACAGACCAGGAUAUACCGGUUAUCGACGAUCUAUCGAUGCCGACAGAGCUUUAUCACCGAGUCCUACAUCAAAGACGCCACCGCCUAUGAAAAUCGAAACCGCCGAGGUGCCGAAAAUGAACGGUGUUACAGAAUCUGGAUAUACUAAGAACGUUUCUUCAGUAUCGCCGAGUCCAACAAAUAGCCAACCUCAUCCGCAGCCUGCACCGAGACAUAGCAUUUCGCAACCGACGAUCGCGUUCGCGACAACUACAAGCUCGACACCUACUUCUUCUACAGAGCCUAGGUCAAUCUCGCCCCAGGAGGACAUACAGGUAUCGAAGCCUAUCACCAACGAAGAAUUUCAGGCUAUGAUCCCCGCACAUUUCCUUCGCCCUCCUACUUCCUCGCCGUCGCCAGAUUCCCACCAAGGCCCUAUCGUGACAGUGACAAUAAAGCAGCCUGAUAGCCUACCUGGAGAUGUUAAUUUUCCUCCGGCUCCCACCACACUUGGUAAAGUUACUGAGACCAUCACAAAGAGCACUCUCACCGAGACCGUCGUAACUAGGGUGACCGACAACCAGUCGGUGCAGCCAGUGAUUAUUGAGGAUGUUGUCCUUGUAAAAGAAGGAUCCUUAGGAUUCAGUAUCAUUGGAGGUACAGAUCAUUCUUGCACCCCGUUUGGUGCAAAAGAACCUGGAAUUUUUAUAUCUCAUGUCGUGCCUGGUGGUAUAGCUGCAAAAUCUGGCAAAUUAAGGAUGGGUGACAGAAUACUGAAAGUAAAUGGUACAGAUGUAACGAAAGCUACUCAUCAAGAGGCUGUGAUGGAACUUCUGCGACCAGGAGAUCAAAUUAUGCUUACGGUUCAACAUGAUCCGUUGCCGGAAAAUUAUCAACUGGUCGAAAUAGAGUACAUCCCUGUGACGGAAUUGGUUAUUACAAAAGAACCAGGUGAAAAGCUGGGUAUGCACAUUAAAGGCGGACUUAGAGGACAAAAGGGUAAUCCCUUGGAUCAUACAGACGAAGGAGUUUUUAUAUCUAAGAUUAAUUCAGGGGGUGCGGCUAAAAGAGAUGGAAGACUGAAGGUGGGCAUGAGACUAUUAGAAGUUAAUGGUACAUCAUUACUAGGCGCAACUCACCAAGAAGCAGUAAAUAUACUUCGGUGUUCGGGAAAUACAAUUACAUUAGUAGUUUGCAAAGGGUAUGACAAAAAUGAGGUCGAGUCUGUGCUACCAGUAUGUGAUGGUAAAGACUCUAAAGAGUCUAGAACAUCUAAAGAAUUGAAGGAAUCUGCAGCAGAUGGUACUAAGUCCUUAUCACAGAGUAUAUCGAGUUUGGAUCGUGAUGACGAAGAAGCGGCAACUCUAAGACAAGAACAGGAAAUGAAAGCUGAACUUGUUGCAUGGGAACAAGAAGAAAGGGAACGUGCUUUAAUCGAACAUAGAGAAAAAUCGACUCCUGAAAAAGUAUUAGAUGUAGUAAGAGCAGCUGAAUCAUUAGUGAGCAAAUCCAAUAGUCCUGUUGAUAUGGUACCGCCAAAAUCACCUGGUGGCACUAAAGACCUCAAAACAACUACUAUCGUGAUGAGCAAACACACUUUAGCACCUCAAAAUACAAAUUCGCUAAGGAAUGCGAGAACUGGAACAUCGGUGGAUUAUUAUUCGUCGACCAAGUCUCCGGUCUCUACUCUUACUUCGCCAACGAAUUUCAAUCGUACUACUACUGCCCAAACCUUGCCAUCUCCAAAGAAAAAAAAUUCUCUACCAAAGCGUAGCAUAACCUUCGCCGAUCUUCCUCCUAUUUCUAAAGAAAAAUCAAUCAAUCAUACAUCCUCGACGAGGGGGGAACAGCUUAUAUCAUUGCAUGAUAAAUAUACCUCGGAUCCUCAAAUUAUUUCUUAUAAGAAAGCCUACCAUAGUCCUACCCAAACUACUCAUGGUCAUUUCAAACUUCCUCCGACACCUUUGACUGCUUCCGAAUCUACGGGGCAUCUUGGCACUUCGGCUUCCUUUAACAAGCGACAGAACGCACGCUCUGUUGAUGGGAAUAUUCUGGUUGAGUUAUCGCCAACGCCGUCUCCAACGCCACCGCUAGUAAAGAUGUCGGUUAGCGACAAAAAGAAAUUGUUUGAAAGUGCCAUGGAGGAGCAUCUAAAACCUUCCCCAAAACAAGAAAAAGUAUUUAGUUUUCUAAGUCAAGAUGAAGUUGAAAAAAUGAAACAAGAAGAAGAGAAGAAGAUUGCCAUGUUGACACGGGAUGAAUUAAAAUCGUGGGCUCAGCUCGAUGAAAACGAAGGUUUAGAAGAUUUAGAGGAAACCUUAGAAGAUCAGGAUAAUCGACGACCUAAUAGCCGACUGAGCUCGCGAAGUUCGAUCCCCAUUCUGCAGAACCUUCCAAGCAGUGUAAGGACAGCAAAAGCAGAACGCCGCUUGAAGGAGAGAUUGGUACAGGAGGGUAUAAUUUCGGACGAAGACGAAGAAAGCCAUUUGAGUCCAUCCGAACAGAGAGCAUUGAGGGCAGAGAAGCGUGCAGCGUGGAGACAAGCGCGUUUGAAAUCUCUCGAACAGGAUGCUCUCCAAGCGCAGAUAGUAAUAAAAAAAAUGAGCGAAAUGAUGGACAAUGCGAAUAAAGCAGAUACAAUACAGGACCCUGAAGACGUUGUUACUCCUAUUCCCGAACUGGAGAAAGCAGCUGAUUUCACUACGUUACGGCCGUCUAGUGCAGAUUUUCCCAAACUUGCUGUACGCAGCAAGGUGGGUCCCCCUAAAGAGAUACGCGAAUCCGAAAAAGUAGUGGACGAGAAGGUCACUCGACGUACCGAGGAAUAUGUGGAUGAGGUGACGGGUGAACGUCGUGUGCGAACGGUCGAAUACGUCGAGAAGCUAAUUGAGCGACAGGUUGAAACACUACGAGAAAAGAUUAUUUCGCUGGAAUUAAGUAACGCGGAGGAUGAAAUAGAAAGUAUUACUGGUACAGGAGCAAGCGACGCAGAAAGCGAAAGUGAAGAAAUUACGGGACAGUCUUCUGUCGCGAGUACUAUGCAAGAGAAAACUCAAACAAUUAUCUCUUCGAGUGUUACCGAAGGUACAGCUCCUAAAAUCAGUGAGAACACAGCCGUUAUCCCGAAGAAAAAGAAACGGAAACGUUCGAAGAAAAGUCGUCAUUGACCUAAGGUAAAAAAAUAUUGGUGCAAACAAACAAAGAAGACACAUAGGAAAUUAAUUAAUAUUUCCUUAUAAUGACGUUAUGAAAGUGUGUUCUAAUAAUGCAAAUUUUGUGUUACAUCAAUUUACAUUGCAUACUGCAUACUUCAGACUUCUGCUGUAUUGGUGCAUGUAGUAUUAUAAAUCACUCAUUGCGCGUUGCUUUCUUCGAGCAUACGCGUAUACAUAUACAUAAGAUACAAUUUUACAUCCAUAAUUUAAUAUAAUUUAUUAGGUGCAGUCAAAACUACAUUUAUUUUUUCAUAU